CGUAAAUUGCCGAAUUUGCGACCGAUAACACACUGGGCAUUGAUAAAUGCAAUUUAAAUUUGAAAUGGCUUUUGUGUGUUAUCGGUCAUUUUUGUCUAGUAUUUGCGUGGUAUUUUUGGUGAUACCACAUGUCAAGGGGAAUAUGGGAAUGGCAGAUAGAUGGGGAAGAAGAGGAAAAAGGCAACUAAUCUAACUAAAACUAUGGACAACUACGGACAUGCAAAAACUACAGAAACAACAGGAUUGACAUCUACAACAAAUACAUUGAUGCAGACAAGGAGGACAAACAACAACGGAGCACCGGCGGGCAUAACAGACGCAAUGCGAACAUUACGCUGUAUACCGGCCGGCUCUGUUGUCCCCCUGUGUGUUGUUUAUUGGCGAUGGCUGGAUUGGUGGUGUUGGCGUGCAUCGUGGGCAAAUUUGGAGAUGGCGAGCGGCUCUAGUCCGGCCGCCCACGUUGCAUCUGUCAGGUGAGAUGGCGCAUCCAA